AUGCCGCCAAAAGGAACUGCGAAGAAACUGGAUGAAAAAAAUUGGGUGUCCAGGCCCUCCGACAAUCAUGUCCUCUGCAGGAUAUGCUUCGGUGCUGUCCCUCCGGAGCGGCAAGAGUGGAUUGCCCGACGGAGCGCCGAGAGGCAUCUAGCGUCGGGCGAGCAUGAGAGGGCGGUGAAGGCAGCGGAAGAGGGCAGUGUGCGGCGGCAGGCUCGGGACACAGCUGCUGCCCAGGUCGAGCAGCGCAAGGUCACCGCAAGCGGGGCCCGUCGGCCAAGUCCUCCUUUUCCCAUGCCUGCCAACCGGGCGCCGAAUGUCCCAGGCAUCGCUGAGGUCGAAAUGUGGGCGGGGUAUGAGGAGUUCGGGGGCGCAUUCAGCGCUGGGGAGGAUUUGGAUGGUCGGAGCAUCAAUGUCGCCCGGCUAGAUCGACAAGCCGAGGUGUUGGGCAUCCUGGACCCAGAGGGCGUGGCGCAGCGUCUUGGGUACGGGGACGGCUCGCUGGAGGACGAGCUGCAAGAGAAGGACGCGGAGGAUGACUUCCUCGCGGAGCUUCUGCGUAACGCAGGGAUAUCGGACCCGACAGCGGAGGAUGUUCAAGCCGCAGGCAGCGAGAAACCUGCCCCGACAACCGAAUACUUCCCAUAUCCGAAUAAAAUGAUGUUUCUCCUCGACAUACUUGAUAAUUUGCCUCGUCUCCGCGUCUCCAACUCUCUCAUGCGGGUAUUUCUCUGGUUGCUGCGCCAAUCCGGGGCGCCGAAUGUCCCAUCCUUCGACGGCUUUCGACAGAUGCAGAAGAGGAUUCGGGCAGAGGCCGGAAUUCCUAGCGUUCCAUGUCUCUCUCCUCUUGGGAACGUGUUCUUCAUGAAUAGCCCACGCGCAAUUAUUCAACAAGACUGGGCCAAUCCAAAUAUUCGUAAAUUCAUCCAGCUUUAUCCUGAGCUUCCUGUCGAUGGAGUUGUCCGUGAAAUUUGGCAUGCCGAGAAGUGGCGCAAGGACAUGGACCUCGACAUGCUCAGUCCGAUCUUAAACCUUGAUGUUGCGGGUGAGGCGACAGUUAAUGAUUCGAAGACCGCUCUUGUCCGUGCGGCUGAUUUCCGGCUCAACUAUUUCGAUCUUCGGGAGCGCGGUGAAGUUCCAAGAUGGAGUGAUUCCACAAUCAGUGCUGGACAUCCUGCGCGCAUGCCAAAUCCAAUCCGUGAUAUCGCAGAUGGACAGCCAAUCUACUCAACGUUCGUUGACUUCUUUGGCGAUGAUGUGUCGGGAAAUCGGAGGAAGUCGUGGAACAAGCACUGGAAUUCGUACAUGACCCACCGAAAUCUUCCACGCAAACUGCUCAUGCAAGAGUUUCAUCUCCAUUUUAUCUCAACCUCGCCGCACGCCUCAAUAUCCGAGCAGUACCGCGUGUUCAAGACAUCCGUAGAGUAA